CCCCAUCUGAAACCAGAGCCAAGAUCUGCCCAGGAGCUGGAAUGCUUUCCUGAGCUGCUUGGGUUGGAGCCUGGGACCCAAGACCCGAGCAGCUAUUCGAAGAGCUGGACGCCAAGCACAACAGGUGCUCAGGAGGUCAUCAUGAUCAGCCCGAACCCCAGGCCUUCUCCUGGCUUGGCCCGCUGGGCUGAGAGCUACGAGGCCAAGUGUGAGCGCUGGCAGGAGACCCGUGAAGGCCGCCGCCGCCGCCCCAACGUGACCACUUGCCGCCAGGUGGGGAAGGCGCUGAGGACCCAGCAGAGAGAACAGCUCCAGAGAGCACGACACCAGCAGUUCUUCAGGAGAAGGAACCUGGAGGUGGAGGAGGAAGGCAAGGCACGGAGCUCCCAGGCCAGGGAGCACGGUCCCUCGAGGAGGACAGGCCAGGCAACUGACCCCAAGAAGCCCUUGUCUUGGGCCAAAAGGAUCUCCUCCCCCAGACAGCAGGUGGCAAGGACCAGCUCUGAGGUCUUUCCAACCCAGCAUCAUCCUCCCUCAGGUGUCCGGAGGGAUCUGGCUGACCACCUCCCCUCUCAGGCUGAAGGCCUUCCACCACAGGACUCUCCUAUCAAGAAGCCACCCAAACACCACCGUGGCACUCAGACAAAGGCAGAAGAAGCCCAGCCAACAAUUAAGAAUGAUGCCAGUCAACAAACUAAUUAUGGAGUUGCAGUUCUAGAUAAGGAAAUCAUCCAGCUUUCUGAGUACCUCAAAGAGGCCCUACAAAGAGAGCUGGUUCUAAAACAGAAAAUGGUGAUUCUUCAAGACCUACUGUCUACCCUGAUUCGGGCUUCUGAUAGCUCUUGGAAGGGCCAGCUCAAUGAAGACAAAUUGAAGGGCAAACUGAGAUCCUUAGAAAACCAGCUGUACACCUGUACCCAGAAAUACUCCCCUUGGGGAAUGAAAAAGGUGCUAUUGGAGAUGGAAGACCAGAAAAACAGCUACGAGCAGAAGGCCAAGGAGUCACUGCAGAAAGUGCUGGAGGAGAAAAUGAGCGCAGAGCAGCAACUGCAGAACACACAGCGGUCCCUGGCUCUGGCUGAGCAGAAGUGUGAAGAGUGGAGGAGUCAGUACGAAGCUCUGAAGGAGGACUGGAAGACGCUGGGGACCCAGCACAGAGAGCUGGAGAGCCAACUCCAUGUGCUUCAGUCCAAACUGCAGGGAGCAGACAGCAGAGACUUACAGAUGAACCAGGCUCUGCGACUGUUGGAGAACGAGCACCAAGAACUGCAGGCCAAGAUUGAACACCUGCAGGUGGACAGAGAUUUGUGCAGCUCAGAUACCCAACACCUACAAGAUCAACUAAAGAGGUCAGAGGAGGAGAAACUCACCCUGGUGACCAAAGUACAGCAGUUGCAGAGUCUGCUUCAGAAUCAAUCCUUACAGCUUCAAGAACAGGAGAAACUCUUAACAAAGAAAGAUCAGGCUUUGCCUGUGUGGAGUCCAAAGCCCUCCUGUAAAGAAGUGGAGCCUGAGGGCACAGGGAAGGAGAAAGACUGGGAUUUCAGAGACCAGCUGCAAAAGAAGACUUUGCAGCUCCAGGCCAAGGAAAAGGAGUGCAGAGAACUGCAUUCAGAAUUAGACAACCUCAGUGACGAGUACCUCUCCUGCCUGCGUAAGCUGCAGCACUGUCAAGAAGAGCUGAACCAGAGACAGCAGCCGCCUCGCAGAAGGCAAUGUGGCCAAUGGCUCCCCAUGCUGCUGAUGAUGAUUGCUAUAGCACUGGCAGUGCUCCUGGUCAACAAGGACAGCCAGCUGAUCUAAAUAACUUGUGACACCUGUCUUGGGUGAAAA